UUUAUACUCAUUAUUUGUCUCUACAUAAACAUUUGGCUCACAGUUCCCACUGACCAUAAAGCUGAAUUCAAAAUAAUCUAUUCAUAUCCAAAACUUUCCAUCACACCCUGAGCUCACUGCAUUAUGUGCAGGUGUAGUUAAUGAGUGAAAGGGGGAGGGGGCUGUUAUUGGGGACAUUUGUUCUUUGUUGCAGUGGAGCAGAGAGGUAGUAGAAGAGGAGGAGGAGGAGGAGGAGGAGGAGUCUUGAGUUAGUAAACCUGAACUCAGCUCCUCCACAAAGCUGGCCAAAUGGGGUGCCGAUGCUGCCGGAUGAUAAAAAGCUACAUCCAUGACCCGUCAGAGGCGGUGGACGUGAAGAGCGACUCUGCGGGCAAUUCGCUCUACCACGCCCACCAUCUUCCAGGCAGGGCCCUGAGCAGUGACGCACUCAGCGGCCACAACAAUCAGAAGCAGGGCUUCCACAACCUAGGCUACAGCAAGUCGUACGACAGCACUCUGAAACUAGAGGUGGACAACAACCACGUCAACCAAAGGCUGCACGCGGCGCCUUCUUCUGCGAAGGAGCAGCACCAGCAGGCGAGUGCCCUACCAGCAGAGGGGGGGCUGUACAUCAUCCAGCCAGACGCUAUGGGACCAAGAUGGAUGAUACAGGAAAAAACCCCGAGUCAGGUGCCGGUUUACCCCAGCAUAGGUGAGUAUGAGAACCAAAGAAGCUACGGCGAGCAGGAACACCGCGCGAGAAGGAAAGAGUGGGAUAGUUCCAUCCCAAAGUGCACGACCAGCAGCGAAAGCCUGUCGGCAGAUGAGAUCGAUGAGGGCGUGGGAGGGACGCCAGAGUACCCGUGCGACACGGGGGACGAGGGGAGCGUCCUGUCGGUGGACAUCCACACCAGCAACACCAGCCUGUCCUCCGUCGACACCAGGGACGAGCUCAGGCGGCGCAGGACUCUCGACGUUUCCACCAUGGAGAGCGGGAUCUCGGUGACAAAGAGCGAGUACGAGGAAGAGGAGGCGCCGAACGACGAGGAGGAGGUGCAGAGUGUCACGGACUCUAUGGUGGCGGAGGCGCUCGCCGCCCUCGAAGCCGCCACCGCCGGCGAGGACUUUGAUUGACACACCUCAGUGCUUCCUCUCACUUUUCACCCAGAAGCCUGGAUUCAGAUUUAAAUGUGACUUGACAUAACAUUUUGGAAAAAGCUGAAUCUGAAAUGACACCUCCCGCGGUGUUUCAUGACAGAAAACUGGAAACAAAUGAAGGAAAACUCUGUUUACAAAUAAAAGAACAGACUUAUUUUUGAACUGGAAGGUUUUUUGGGUUCGUUUUUUUUUGUUUGUUUGUUGUGGUCAUACAGAAGGAGAAUUGUAUCUGCCUCAUGAAAGAGGCAAUCAUUGUAAAGCUGCAAUGUUGUUUUCAAAAAAGCCACAAAUGUGUAGUUUGUGAACAUCAUCUGCUGCCAUAUUCGCUUUUUUUUAACAUAUUUAUCACUCCACAGUCCCAAUAAGCCUGUAUCGGCAGCCACUGCUUUGCCAUAGGACUCUAGUGUCUAUACUAUGCUGUUAGCAUAUUGUCAAUCUUCCACACCCGCAGUCCUUGCCAUAUCUCAUCUUCAUGGGAAUUUUGCCCCAUUUUUUAUAAGCUACCAAUCUUUAUUUUUAUUAUUUAUAUCUGCACCCACGUCAUUUUUGAUCUAUCAAAUGAAACUAAAUCACAAAAGAAAAGAGGGAGUGUGAUUCGUAUGUAUAUGUCGUUGAUUUUUUUAACCAAAAUGAAUGUAAUAUCUACUUGGGAAAUUUAGAAACGUGUUUACCCACCAGACACACUGACUGCACACUUAAUUCAUGUGUAUUUUCCAUGCACAGUGUUUGUGUGAGACCACGUCAUGGGGUGGGGAAUCUAUGCAGAUUUAUAAAUCCAGAGCAGGUUAGUAUGAAGAUGAAGUCUCCAGUACAUUUCAGUCUCUGUCUCAGAGUUUAACGAGAGCGUCUGAGAAUUGACUCGCAAAACUGUCUGAAAAUGGAGUGAUUGAGAAGAUCAAUCCACAACUGGAAGUCUGCAGUGACAAAGGGUGAGAAACAACCUAAAUAGAUGAAGUUUGCUCUACACACACACACACACACACACACACAACAGUCACUGAUCUAAUCACCUGCCAAGUGUUUUGUGAAAGCACUCGCCCCUUUUUGAAGGAUGACAUUCCAGAUGUAAAAGAUCCGGUGUGUCAAGUUUUUAUUAUUAUUAUUAUUAUUUUAUAGGUCAGGGUUUGUUUCUUGUCUUGCCUGUGACAUUAGUUCAACUCAGCUUGCUUAUGUGCCUAAUUAUGAACUAAUCGAGGUCAGACUGUACAGAAGAAAUUGCAGAUAUGGCUUAUUUUCUUUCUCUUUUUUUUUUUAUGUCUUCAGUCAUCGUGUGUCUGCCAAAUAAUUUCACGUUAUAUUUGUAUUGUAAAAUAAACAAAUGUACUUUAAGAAUAAAAACCUAAAAACUAA